AUGAGCAGAUCAGAUAUAUCAAUUGCAAUGCAAGGGAAUAAGAAUGAGACACAUGCAGCAUGUGCAGCAUGCAAGCACCAGAGAAAGAAGUGCAGUAUGCACUGCGCGUUGGCACCUUAUUUUCCAGCAAACAGAAACAGAGAAUUCCAAGCAGUCCACAAAGUGUUCGGAGUGAGCAACAUCACCAAGUUAGUGAAAUACGUGAAAGAAGAGCAUCGAAGAAAGGUGGUGGAGUCACUGAUAUGGGAAGCUUUCUGCAGACAACAAGAUCCAAUUCUGGGUUCUUACGGACAGUACAAGAAGGUUUAUGAUCAGUACACCAAACUGCUGCAACAGUUCCAUCAUCAUCAUCACAAUAAUAUUACUAAUGUGCCAAAAGAUCACCUUCAUCAUCAGUUACCAUCUUCUCAUAAUCAUCAGAGUCAGAAUCAUCAGGUGAUGAUUAAUAAUAAUGGAGAGAGAUCAUCGGUGGAGGAUGGGUUAGAGUUCAUUCAUCAUCAGGAUUAUUCUCAUAAGAACAACAUGAUUCUGGAUUCUGCUUUGUAUGGAUUAGACUUUUCACAGUUCGAUGGUUUCAAGUCUGAAGUUGUCCUCAAUCAGUUCCAACAACACCAUCCGCCUUACUAUUGUUCGUCAGGUCAGCAGUUCAAAUAA